AUGGUACUUUCGCGAACCUGCUUUUCAAGGUACCUUGCUGCUCGUUAUCAUACCCAUAAUAGCUUCAGUACUAUGUCAGUGCAAAAAAGUAAGCCACACGAGCUUCGGACGGCAACAGAGCCUCGACAGAACUCCCUCUAUAAGCUGAGAGUGUCUCAGAUAUCCCAGAUUAAUCCAACCAUUCGACUUAUCCAAUUCAACAUUAUUUCUGGUUGCGAUUUACCUAGUGGAUCUAAAGAUAAUUUCGAGAGCCAACCUUCCUUGAGAUUUUUACCUGGACAGUGGCUCGACGUACAUAUACCCAAUAUAAAACAUGCAGGUGGAUUUACUAUAACAUCCACCCCUCAGGAUGCUUCUACUCAAGAAUCCAUUAAUACAACUGCAGAUGAAAAUGAUAAACGCCCUCCAUACGUCGAAUUAGCGGUUCAAUAUUCACCUACUAACCCGGCCGCUAAGUGGUUUUGGCAGCCUACUGAGCAGAUAUUGGAUGCCCAUGUCAAAGUUAGGGUUGGCGGUGGGUUUGUCUGGCCGCCGCCGAAUGGUAUGGCAUUGGACAAGAUUAGGAAUGUUGUGUUUGUGGCCGGUGGUGUUGGUAUCAACCCGCUCAUAUCAAUGAUCUCGUAUAUUUACCGGACACGCUCUUGCCUUCCAUCUCCCACAAGGAUUCAUUUCCUAUACUCAACUAGAAUCCCUUUAUCGUCCGCUCCUAUGAACGUAGCAAUGCCCAAUGAAACUGUGGAUAAAAUGCCCUUUGCUGCGGCAUCUAAGAUAUUAUUCCUAGACCGCCUUCAGCAUAUCAGUCGCAACUGGAACCAAACGGAAAAUGAUAUCAACCCCCUCGACGUGCAACUGUUUCUCACAAACUUGCCCUUGGCAAACGGUGAAGGCAAUAAGGUUGACGUUCACCCCGAUAUACUGGAUACAAACAGUCAAAUUACAGUUCAUGGCCGACGCAUUACGGCAGGAGAUCUACGCAAAGCUGUGGGCGAAAAUGAGGAGCUAAGGAGUAGAACGGUAUGCUACGUUUGCGGUCCCCCAGCUAUGACAGAUGAGUUUGUUAAGGAAUUGAAGAGCUUCAUUAUCAAUGAAGAUGAAGAAGCGAGGGGGAGAGUAUUCUAUGAAAAGUGGUGGUAA